AAAAAAUGUAAUAAGGGAAGUAUUAGGCCCAAUGGGGAAAUCAAAAAUGAGUGUUUUCAAAAAUGAGCAGGUCCAAAAUAAUUUCCAAGCAAGUGUUUGUUUGAAUGAAUUUGGUAAUGAAUUUGGUGCAAUUGCCAGCCCUGUCGCUCCUCUGAUGAACUGAACACCGAAAUAUAUCUGUUCGUAAAUGUGAUGUAGAGAGGAUGGAUGUAUUGUUCGUUUUUAUUGUGUAACAUGGAUCCCGUUCAAACUUCACAAGUGGUCAAUGUGGGCCAGUUUCUAACAGAAUUUAACGAAGUAAUAACCGAAGAUGACCUGAAACACAAGGCGGAAUCCGAAGAGAGUAUAUAUAUAUCAAAAGAAAUGAAUUUAUCAGAGGAAAUGAGGGCAGAACUGCAAUCUGUGUGUGGAUUGUCUACUCUGGAGUGUGAGGCAGAAAAGGCAUACAAAGCAACCAAUGAAGUUGACAUUAUGUUGUCAUCAGUGCCAAAAGAUACAUGUUUACAAACACUCAAGUUCCAAGCUCAAGAAUUACAAAAGAGGACUUCUCCAUCUUACUAUACAAGUUCUGUCGGUGCCAUGAAGUACAAGAAAUUGGAUGUCAAUUUGACAUUAUCUGAUCGGAUGCCCCCAGUGAGUGAUAAUCCAGAAUUUGUGAAGACUCCUGAAGCCCUCCUUCGUGUAAGAGUCUACCAGCCAUAUUUCCCUUCAUCAUCUAGGUUGGCUCUAGAACAUGAGUACUGGGUACUGGGCCACCAAUGUCUGACUGAAUUGAGGGACAAGAUCAGAUGUGUGGCUGACCUCACAAUUGAAAAGUUGGAGGAGGGUGACUUUAGUGAUAACAUUGAUGUGUCAAAAGAAGGUGAACCUACUGCUCAGGAAGUAUUCCCAUCAGGGUUCUUCUACAUUGAAGGUGUAUUUUAUAAUGAUAUGCGGAAAGACGAUGCCAAAGAUUAUAGCAAAACUAUAAUGGACUGGGCUAAAGAUCCAAGUCGAGGUAUAGGACCAUUUACAUCCAAGAAAAUGGAGGCUACAACAUUUUAUGACUUAGAUCUAAAGAUAGGUCAACCCUAUGUGUACUGCCACCAGGGUGACUGUGAACACUUGAUUGUCUUUAGUGAUUUAAGAUUGGUCCACCCCACUGACUGUCAGGAUGUACGGAUGUAUCCUCUCACCAUGACCUUUACAAGGAAAUAUCGUACACAAUGCAGAGCCUGCACAACAUCCACAGCAAAAUGGGUUGUUAAGGAGAGUCCUCUAGCUCCAGAUGAUCCAUGCUUUUUUUGUGACACUUGCUUCAGAGCAUUACACUAUGACAGAAACAAUAAGAAAGUAGUACAAUUUAAAGCUUAUCCAUUCUUUGAUAAAGUUAUGAUCUGAAAUCAGGAGAUUAAGUGUCCCUGAGUGCCAAAUGAGAUUGAGGAACACAAUCAUAUGAUAUGAUCAAGAAGUGGAUACAAGGCCUGUAUCUUAGUAUCUUGUACAAUACAGAGCUUUGUCAGAGUAUGAUCAUAAGUUCUCUAAGUGGAAAGGAGAUCUCAGUUGCUAAUCUCAGUGAUCCACAUAUCUUGUACACUAGGCACACAGGGAAGGCCAGCAAUAUGAUCUUAAAGAAACUCAGUGAAAUACAAAGACAACACGGGUGUCUGAAAUAAGUGCAAAUCACCAUGAUACAUAUUUCUCAAAGAGCGAAUGAUCUUGUCCUUAUGGGAUAUCAUCAGUUGAACUGAGUACUGACAAAAAAGUAGGAGUCUU